GAGGGUACAGCUUCGUUAAGUCAACUAUCGUCGGCAUCUAAUCAGUUUACUGCCGGUGUAAUCAAAGGCGAUCCGGCCGUAUCCUCUCAAGCUUCAACCGCUAUUAGCGCGGAUACGGCAGCAGCAGCCGCCGCAGCCAAAUCUUCCGUAUGGAGUGCGGUUAAUGGCUCUUCAACGGUCACAACGAGUCGACGGAGAUCAGCGACCAAUGGUACCGCAGGUAACGACAAGAACACGGUGACUAAUCCAGCGGAUGUUUCUUCUACAUCCUCGCUAGGUGCUAGCCUGGCAACAGCAGCUCCGCAGUGUAAAGUGGCUAAGAUGGAGACACAGCCUACAGAUGAUAAUAGGUAA